AUGAGCCAAGAGCAACCAAUUAGGCCAAAAGAGCCAGUCAAAUAUGGAGACGUUUUUGAAGUCUCUGGCGAACUCGCCGAUAAGCCCGUAGCACCUGAGGAUGCAAAGAUGAUGCAAGCUGAGGAGACACGUGUGUUUGGCCAUACUCAGAAAGGUGGUCCAGCUGCUGUCAUGCAAUCUGCAGCCACCACCAACAUACGCGGUGGCUUCGUCCAUCGAGGUGACAAAACUGAACUUGCCGCUGAACGAGGCGUCACGGUGGAGCAAACAGUCCCUCCUUCAACUGUCACAACCGAAUUCGUCGGUGGACAGGUCGUUGGACAACAUGUUGAACCGAGGCGCGUAGUAGCUGGAGCGCGGACGGAUGAAGAAGCUUUGCAAAGUUCAAUAACGAUCGGAGAAGCAUUGGAAGCGGCUGUGAAGACCGCUGGAAACAAACCCGUUGAUCAAAGCGACGCAGCAGCGAUUCAAGCGGCGGAGAUGAGAGCUUCUGGUACCAACGUCAUUCCUCUUGCUGGAAUCGCCGCAUCAGCUCAAUCCGCAGCUGAUCACAACGCCACUGUAGAUCGUGACGAGAGAAAAAUCAAGCUAGCUGAUAUUUUGACGGUUCAACUUCAAAACAUUCUCAUUAAUCGGGGAACUGUGACGAGGCAAGAUGCGGAGGGAGUGGUGAGCGCCGAGAUGAGGAACAACCCUAAAUUGUGUACUCACCCUGGUGGUGUGGCGGCUUCGCUUACCGCGGCUGCUAGGCUUAACGAGAGAGUCGAUAUAUGAGUAUGAAAAGACAAAAUCUGGCGA